AUGGAGAUACUAUUGGAGAUCGUACGGACACUCUCCUCCAGUCUAGCCAGACACACUAGUUCGGUGCUCAAAGCUCCUACAAAUCGCAGUAAAUGCUUGCGCUAUCUUGUCAUAAAGUUAGGCAAUUGCAAACAUAACAUGUCAGUCAACAUGUUCGUUUGGGGAAGCAUCUGGAGGACACCAUUCACCAAAAGACAGUAUAUCGAUGAUACUUGCAGGGUAGAAGUCGUAAUAAAACCCAUACACCCAGAUGAGGCCAUUGACAUCGGGACAAACCUCUUGGCAGAAUUCCUCCUACUCACAAUUAUGUUCACUACCAUGGGUUACAGCAUCUAUCUAAGACGCUCAAGGUACAAUGAACUCCUAACGAAGCAAAAGGAACAAGAAGCCAAAAUCUUGUCAAGAAUAGAAUGCAUGGAACAGGAAAUCUACAAUCUACUUGAAUUCAAAUCUGAAAUACUCAGCAAAAGGGAAAAUGUGUGA